ACGCCGGGGACGAUCCGGAUCGCCCGCUUUUCCACAACUGCAAGCUGCGGCGUGAGCUAGGGGAAGCAGGGUCAUCCUCGCGCAGCAUGGGCGAACCACAGUCAGCUACUUCCUAUGGGUUUAAUUCAAGUGAAAGGUUACAAGAGCUUGCAAAACCAAAGCCAACAAAAGAUGUAUGGAAUUUUCAUCGCAAGUUAGUCGGGGGAAAUCAAGAGACAAUAUGGCCCCUCUCCUCAAGGACUUUGCUGAGACGGCCAAGCUCAAGAGUCCUGGCUCUAGCAAGACCAAAGGAAAAAGCUGGUAACCAGCAGAGGUCCCUGUUCUUGUACAGCUGUGGUCAAAUGUCGGAGAUUUGGCAACGUUCUUCAGCAGUGUAUUCUGUAAUGCCAACAAAGCGAUUGCUGAAACUAGCAGAACCUAGGCCAAUUUCAGCAACUUUUCUGAAACAAAGGCCACGGAAUUCCCCUGUAUGGCCUGUCAGCUCCUCAGCACUUUGUUGUGACACUUCCCAGCGGCUUUUGACCCUUGCUCAAGCAAGAACUAUCCAUCCACAGUUUAACUUUCCAGAACAGCCGACAAGAGAGGUUUCAAGGGCUGCAAGAAGAGCUGAGGCCAGCCCAAGGUUACAGCAGCUUUCACAGCCAGUAGUUAGGAAAGAAAUGGAGUUCUAUGAAAACAUAUACAAGGAGGUCCCAAUCCGCCAAGUACCCCCGGCUGCCCUGCAAGUAGUCGCAAGUCCGAGGCUAGUUGAGCUAGCUAAACCAAAAGCACUGUCUUCUGAGGGUGCCGUUGACCGUUCCCCCCAGUGGCCUGUGUCAGUGGCAGCCAAGCAUGCAGUAGCUUCCCCUCGACUCAGCGAACUCGCUCAGCCUCCCAGCAGGGCCCCAACCAACCUUGUGCAGUUUAAUCCAGAUGCCUUUAUUGUAAAGGAGUCUGCUAAGAAAGCAUUCUGUACAGAAAGAGUCAAGCACUUAGCAGAACCAAUUACUCGUUGGUCACAUUGAUCGUCCACAUCUUUCUGUGGCAUUUUCAAUAAAUUAAGAGAACUACA